CUCCAAUUAACUAACUAAAUUCAAUUUCAAGUUCUUUCUUUUUUAACGACACCAAAACUCCAAUAGCUUCACAGCUUCACAGCUUCACAACUUCACAACUUCAAUCAAGCUAGUUGUGUUUUCUAUAGCAUCAAUGUUGCCUUCUUAAUCACUCUCUUACAAUCCUUUUCUAUUUCUAAUGCUUAUUUCUUGUUCAUUUCUACUUCCGGCGAAAUUUAUACAUGUCAAUGGCUUAGAUAGAUCCCUAGGUUACCUAUGCGAUCCGUUCAUCACCAAACAUGCCCUCUCGUAAUGCUCGACCGAAACCCUCCCAACCCAAUUAUAAGGCCAUUGUAGCUGAAUGGGCCCGUGCCAAGAGACAAAAAGAUCUCCACGCUACUGCUAGCAGCAUCAAUGCCUCUACAGCCGACGAUACGAAGCAUACUGCCCUCGAAACUCGCCGAAAAUCUGCAUUUGAGAGCCGCUGCAUUUGGACCUUGGGCUUCUGGGUCUGGUUGUUGUCAAUACACAUUGUCGGAAUAUUACUCUUCACCAGUGGCUUCCUCUUGACUCGACUAGUUUUGGACGAACGAUCAGAAUGUGGCAGACCACCCAUCGAGCCGUUAUUGGACUGGGAGGGAAGAGGAACAGUUGAAGGUGGUUGCUGGCAUCCCAAAACCUUUGACAAGGCCGUUAUUGUUCUAGUAGAUGCUCUGCGGUAUGACUUCACUGUCCCCGUAGACGACGGGGAUCAUGCCGAGGUGUACCACAAUGCGCUCCCUUUUCUUUAUGAAUCUUCGGUCCAAUCUCCAGAGAAUGCGUUCUUGCGACCUUUUAUUGCAGACCCUCCAACUACCACCCUCCAAAGACUGAAAGGCCUUACUACUGGAACAUUGCCUACAUUUGUCGAUAUGGGGUCCAAUUUUGCUGGAACCGCUAUCGAAGAGGACAAUCUCUUGAUGCAAUGGAAAGGUCUGGGGAAGAGGAUUGUUCAUUUGGGCGACGACACCUGGACCGCUUUGUUUCCAGGCUACUUCCAGCCAAAUAUCAGCAGGGCAUACGACAGUCUCAAUGUCUGGGACCUACAUACCGUAGACAAUGGGGUUAUAGAUCAUAUAUUUCCGUUACUAGAGCCGGAGAAAACGCAGGAAUGGGAUAUCCUAAUAGGACACCUUCUUGGGGUCGAUCAUGCUGGUCAUCGAUAUGGACCCAACCACGCCGCCAUGACCACUAAACUGCAGCAGAUGGAUGGUUUUAUUCGGAACCUGGCAAACGAAAUCGACGACAACACACUAUUGGUUGUCAUGGGCGAUCAUGGAAUGGAUAGCAAGGGGGACCAUGGUGGUGAGAGCGAUGACGAAGUUGAGGCUGCACUGUGGAUGUAUUCCAAACAGCCAGUCUUUGGCCGUACUCAACCAGAGUUUUCAACGCCGCCAGCAACCGCUAAAAUUCGGCCGGUGAAUCAGAUCGACUUGGUUCCCACUUUGGCUCUACUCCUAGGUAUCCCUAUACCGUAUAACAAUCUCGGCCGCCCAAUUGAGGAAACCUUUAUUGGUCCGAAGAGUGAUGCCUGGGACCAUUUGGUUGCUGCCUCCGGCGUAACGUCUGCGGGGAUUAGGAGAUAUCAAGCAUCCUAUUUCCAGGCUCGGGGUAUCGAGCAAACUACGAAGCCUGGGUCGCCGGCUUCACUGUGGAACAACGUUGAAGCUCUUCUUCAGCCCAACACGGAAGUUAUGCCGUGGGAAGCACUAUACCCAGCCUAUACUGCAUACCAGGAGGAAACGCUGAGAAUCUGCAAGGACCUCUGGGCCAGAUUUGAUGUGCCGAAGAUGGUACUAGGAAUUAUCGUAAUGGCCUCAGGUGUCAUUAUAUUAUUAUUCUACGUAUCUAGAGACGAGGACGAGGACUUUGCGGUUCUUGACGAUGCUGAGCUCGACUUCGCCGAGAAGAGUUUAGAACUACAGAGUUCUGCAGCGGAGCCAGACGUUUCUUACAAAGGUUUGAGCAGAUCUUUGACUACGGCAGGAUUCAUAAGCAGUAUCUUGAUAGGAGUCCUGAGUUUUGCGGCUGUCUUCAUAACAGGAUCCGAUGAGUGGCUAUUAGCCACUGCCGCAACGAGUCUUGGAAGCAUGAUUGCCGUAGCCGGUACUCUGUUCCGGGUCCGAGGAGCACAUAUACUCAAUCUUCUUCCGAACACCUUUUGGGGCUGGUUGUCUGUCGUAUUUGCAUUGAGCCAAUCUAUUGGAUUCGCUUCUAAUUCGUACACUAUUUGGGAAGAUUCGAUUUCGCUAUUCUUCCUGUCGACUUUUGGUAUUGCAAGUGCGGUGGCUGCCCUUCAAAGGCCUUCCAUUGGCGACCGGACUCUAGGUGUUUAUCAUUCCAUCCUAUUCGUUAUUCUUGGUCGAGUCGGUUCAUUUUCAAAGCUUUGCAGAGACGAGCAGAUGCCUUACUGUACAUCAACAUACUAUGCCUCGGCCAACUCCUCAACCUCAGCCCCUUGGCAACUAGUCAUACCAUUUGCUAUAUUCCUCAUUCUUCCCUCUAUAAUAAAAUCUUAUAUGGGGACUUCGCGAUCGUAUGAGGGCCUAGCGCCGAUGUGGAUCGGUUACGUAUUCCGCACCGUCCUCUUCCUUGCUGCGGUAUAUUGGACUCUGGAUACGGCGGACAACUCAAACUGGCUCACGUCACUUCUCGAGGAGAAGAUGUUGAAGUCUAUUCACGUCUCCAUCGCGCAAUUGGUACUGGCGUUGGCAGUGGUAGCUGGCACCACGGCUUUCAUCUGGGCGCCGCCUUGCGUCUCUAUCCUCACCACGUCAGCCAACAACCGCACAGCACAGAUCACCGUUCUUGGUUAUGGCAAUGCGAAUGGCGCCCGCUACCUCCUUCUACCGAUCAACAUCGCAGGCGCUUGCAUUCUUUUGUCGAAGCCGAUGGGCGGCGGCGCCAUUGCCCUCAUGCUAUGGCAAAUUCUCUCACUCGCUGAGCUCAUUGACCUAAACGACAUGGCCACUGAGACCAUCGGACCCGCAACCCUCGCCUUGCUAGGGAACUUUUACUUCUUCAAGACGGGCCAUCAGGCCGUUCUAUCCUCCGUCCAGUGGGAUAGCGCUUUCAUCCCGCUCCUCACUAUCCGCUAUCCCUGGAGCCCGCUCGUAGUGGCGCUUAACACAUUCGCGGGCCAGAUCCUGGCGUGCGCCGCCGUGCCUUUACUCGUACUUUGGAAAACAUCCCCGAAACGGAAGGGCGUGCUGGAGACCACGAGCCGUGCCCUCGGCAUAUUCGUAACGUAUUAUGCCGUGGAAAGCCUGGCCACAAUGGCUUGGGCCGGGUACCUGAGACGACACCUCAUGCUAUACCGCGUGUUCUGCCCCAGAUUCAUGAUGGCGGCGGCUGUGCUUUUGGUUGUUGACCUGGUAGGCAUUGUGGUGGCGCUUUUGGGCGUCAGGACGAAUGUCCUUGCGAUCAGCGAGGUUUUUGGGUUUGCAGAUUAGGUAGUUAGGGGCUAAAAGAAGUAGGGUGGUGAGAAUUAUACGAUGUAAGGGGUGGUGGGCAUCUUUGCAUGGCGUAACGAAAGGGGAGUGAGGGUGGGUAGGCAGGUAUUGAAGGAUGAAUCAAGGGACAAGGGGCGGAUUAGUAGAUCGCUUCUUCUGCUUGUUUUUCAUCAUCUUGUACAUAUGUGCGACUGUACAAAAGAUAUUUUUAUUUUUUUUGUAAAAAACCUGGAAGACAAGGAAAGAAAGAGACGUGUUAGAUGAAUAAGCAAGAAGAAACAUUACAUAGUACUAAACCACGGGUACCUAUAUUCCGAGUCAAAUAAGUGAAGGGUAACUUGAUGUCGACGUGAUUAUUACUACCUAUGUAGUACACGUAGUCGGAUCUUCAGCAUGGAAUAGG